AAGCCGUUUCUGACGGACGCGCAGCCAUGGCAACCCGCAGCGGCGGCUGGCGGCCUCCGGCCAAUGCCACGAGCUUCAGCUUUGGGCCUUGGGUGACCUGCCAUUGUGCCCAUGGUGUCGUGGAGGAGCCCGAGAUGAGGAUUCACCAUGAUGAGGAGAUCCGCCCGAGCCCUCCGCCCAAGCUCCGCAUGAGCGGCGGCUUGGACACGAAGGUCUCUGCGCCAAUGCCAGAGCGGAAGUCCCAGGUGCAGCUUCCAGAAGAAGCCAUACGAGACCGAGAGGACCGCAGAAGCCUCCAGGAGAGCAAGGGGAAAGGCGCGGCCUUCGCGCCGGGCACCGGCGAAAGACGCGGGGGCGCGGCGGCAGUGCCCAGGUGCGUCUUUGCGCGGAAGGCGGCUAUCGCCCUGCUUGCGCUGGUGGCAGCCAGCGGUUUGCUCGCCCUUGCCGCAGGCAUUCCAGCUUCCAGGCAGCUGUACAACAAGUUGGAGGACCAUACCUGCCGCCUGGGCAGCGAGUUCCGCCCGGCCGACGUGGGUCCAAGCUUCAAGUACAGCAUGUUUGGCGUCUCCUGUUGGGUGCAGCUGCAGGUGGAGGAGGACGGCGACUGGUCCAAGCAGAGAUGGACAGUGAUGACCUUCGAGCAUCCGAAGGAGUUUCUGGGCCGCUUUCGCUGUGAAGCAGAAGUCCGGCGGCACUCCGGAGACUUCGGCUGCUCCUUUGCGCCAAGCGAAGAGGCGCGGCUGGGGGUGUUGGCCAUGCCCAAGGAGCGCCUCCGGCCCUGGUCGCUGGAGCUGUUGCUGGCCGCCAGGUACACAGUAGUUCUGCUGCUCUGGCUUGCGGCCUGGCCGUUGCUGUGCUGCAUCGCGGUAGGCCCGAGGCUGCAGGCGAGCUGCCUGCGCCGAGGAUUCAAGGCACUAGCCUUGGCUUUGCUGCUAGUGGCUUUGGCCGGGCCGGUGUGGCUGGCACUCAGGUAUCCUGCAGCAAAAGCAGCUCGCGAAGAGCUGCAGGACGGCACUUGCCACCUGGGCGACGUGGCAGACACUGCGACGGUGCGCUGGAGCCUCGCGCCGGCGGUGCGCUGCGGCGCGGCCAAGCGGGAGGGCGAAGACACGGCCACGCCGUUGACCUUCGCCUUCCCGGCGAAGUGGUGGCAGCUGCGGUACCACCACCUGAGCUGCGACCAGCUCCUGGCGUCCUACAGGAAAACCAGCUUUCCUUGCGCUGGAUCCGCCGGCGAGAGCUUCGAAGGCCACAAGGCAGACUUGCCGCCUUGGCUGUUGGAGCUUUGGCUGGUCCAGUCUCGACAUCCGGAAGCCGUGGAAGUCUGGUGCUUCUCUGCAGUGGCAGGGCCAGCGCUGCUGUUGCUGCUGGCUCUGAGUUCAAGGUGUCGAAGGGAGGUAAAGCCGGAAGACUACCAACGCCUAGGCAACGCGUGAGAGCGAGCGACGCCGAGCUACAAAGGCUCCAUAGGGCUGGCUGAAAGGCUCGGGGGGUUUGGCUCCAAGCCGCUCCUUGAGGAGAGGUUUUCUCGCAUCACGCGGGCCAAAGGCUUGAGCAGCUUUGUGUCCAAAGAUUCUUGGCUGGGCACAAUGUUUCGCCACAGAAUUCAGAUCUCAGGGGCUGCUGCGCAUGUCACGUUUGCUUGCAGAUACCCUCUCUCGCCGAC